AUGAAGACCCCCGUGAUGCCCCUCUGCGUGCUUUUGAUGGUGGUCUGGCAUUGCAGAUACCUGGUCACAGCCUCCCCCUUCAACAUGUCCGUGGAGGGCAGCGGAGACAGCAGGGAGGCCGAGUUCAUCUUCCCCACGGUCCGGGCCACCGCGGGGGCGCCGGCGUCGGGGGCCACCCCUCCUCCGAAGUUCGGCACUACCAUCACGCGGCUGAAGGACUUCCUCUUCAACGACGUGGUGGAUUUUCUGAAGGACAACCUGCUGCUCAUCAUCGUCGUCACCUCCCUCCUCGUCGUCAUGAUCUUCAUCAUCUGCUGCGCGUCUGCCAUGAGCCACAAACGUAAGCUUGAGGCCUACUAUCCUCCCAAAUCCUACCAGCCCAGAAAAUAUAUGGACCUUCCGAGCAAUCCUCAAAGCACCCAAGCCAGAAACGUCCAGGCGGACAUGAAGUCCAGCGGUAAUGGCAACUCUGCCCAAAAGAACCUUCGCACCCCUUCCAAGGCACUGGUGGGGGAGAAGGAAGGCAAAGACCCAAGGCCAAAAGCGCAGGAGGUGCCAAAGGAAGACGACGAGAAGCCCAAGAAGGAGGAGACGCAGAAAGACCAAGCCAAGCACCAAGAGGAACCUACGACGUCCAGCUCGGAUUCCAACGCAAGCAAACCGUUGGUUUGUACCUGCCACCUGCGUAAGGCAAAUCCUCCCGCACAGUGA